AAUCUCUGAUGGUUCCAUGAACAUCUUUCAUGACAACAUGAGCAAGAUCAAGGCUCCCACACAGAUUAUUUGGGGUAUGCAUGACAAGGUCACUGAUCCUUCUGGAGGAGAAAUUUCAGCUGCCGCCAUCCCCAACUCCCAACUGCAUAUGCUGGAGAAAUGUGGACACUUCAUAAUCAUGGACAGUCCCAGAAAAUCCGCCAAGCUCCUUGUGGAAUUCCACAAUUCAGUCUGUGGCAAGGCGGAGACUAAGAAGUCAAUAUAGCCCUCACUAAGGAGAUGGAGCAUUCGAAGCCA